AUGCAACUACCCGAAAUCCUCUACAUUAUCUUCUCAUACCUCAGCGACCACACCAUCCGUCACUCUAUCCGCUUCGUCUGCAAGCAAUGGCUCGCCAUCUCUCGGCCCUUUGUCCAGGCCUCGGCACUCUGGAAGGACAGGAAAUCCAACGAAUACAAGCACGGAUUCAUCCUCAACCGUCUCCACCAUGUCACCAUCCUCCGCGUCCUCUUUGAACAGACCUGGCAGCUCAAGAAUACUCAAUUCGCGUGGGGUGAACUUGCCGAGAAGAUUGAUACCCUCAGGAACAAAGGACAACUACGGAUAUGGAAGCUGGAGCUCAAUGGAGCUAACUUUCUCGAGUCGAGGAUUUAUACCAUUAUACCCAGGAUUACGACCCUCACCCACUUGCGCAUUGAACGGGUGGUCCAGCAGGUUGUUCAUGUCGGCGUUAUCCUCGCAGUCGCGCCCCACCUGAAGAAGCUACAUAUCGAAGGAACCAAGGCUCAGUUGGCUCACACAGUUGAGUUUGACACCACCCCAGCUUGGACAGACUCAUCGCUCCAGGAUGGAAUCAAAGCCGUCGACUCGGAGCUUGUCAACCUCACCAUUAAAUGGAUGUCCAUCGACCAAUCCACGCUAGAGUCAAUUGUUACCCGGUGUCCCCAGCUGGUGACUUUGAGGCUGGUCGAACUCGGACGGGCUGCUUCACAAGCAGAGCCCUUUGACCGGUCAAGUCUUUUCACGUUGGUCUCGUCGGCGUGUCCGUUCAUGUCUUGGUUCCACCUGUCGUUCGAGGGCCAGUCCAUGAGUCGGGAAGAAUCGAUUGCCUACACAGAGACAUUUGACCCCCAGCCGGUUGAAGAGACAAUCACGGCGAUGAAGACCAGGAUCCAGCAGAGACCAGAGUCUCGACGAGUGAUGAGUAUCCUUAGCAACGACAUCCGACCCGAGACCCAUCUGCAGCUCUUCAGGACGCAGGUUGUCCAUGUCAACACCAUCACGACGCUCGAGAUUUGCCUGGGCGACGGACUUUUGUUAUCCCGGUAUGUCAGCCAUACACUCCACGACAUUUUGUGCUCCUCCCCCUGGCUGCAGCAUCUGAUAGCGCCCAUGAUCCCCUACUACGCCGAGUAUUUUGACCUCGAGGGCCGCGUCGAUUCCGUCUCCGGAUCGUACCAUCCACGACAAUGUAGACAGGGCAAGCAGCCUAUGGACCUUUUUCGGACCCGAAAGCGAAUAUGGGCCUGUCGCGGACUGAAGACACUUCGGAUCCUGAUCGAGUCGAUGGACACCGAUCAUGCCAGCGAGGAGAACGCAAGAAUCAUGUUUGGGUACCUCGUCAGAGUCUGUCCAGACUUGCAGGAACUGUCUAUUCGACGACGCCAACUGAACCUGAACCUGGCAGGGGGGAUGUGUCUGUUGACGAGGCUGCGCAAGCUGGAACGAUUGAUGAUCUGGACCGACACAUGGACAAAGUUUUCCAAGAAGGAUCUUGAGUGGAUGGCGCGUGUACCCAAGAAGAAGAGCAUGGAACAAUGGGUUCUUGGGUUGGCUACUGGAUCCAGAUCACCCAAACGAGGAGGAGGCGAGGAUCGUCAACACUAUCAACAAAAAUACUACCCCAAUGGCAUGUCUCGUCAAGGGAUGGCUGUCCGCACCUUCAGUUCGGCCUCAACAUCGUCUUCGUCCAGUGCCGAAAGUCGAUCGGAUGGAGAGAUAAGAGGAAACGAUACGGGGACGCCCUUGACGAUUGAGGACAUGAGGGCUGUGGGAAAAAUGGCGGACAUUGAAGUAUGGGAGAGAGAGCAAGAGUCGAUCAAGAGGCGCAAGUCUGGCAGCAGUCGCGGCAUGGGUCGAACCAAAAAGCAACAGCAACGCCGACAACGUUUCGACCAGGAGGAUGAGAGUAUAUGUUGGCCCAAGCUCGAGUUUCUGGGUCUGCAGCUAGUGAUGGUCCAUAAGGAGCAGCCAUUGAGGUUGGAGGAGCACCUGCCGGCGAUGAUUGCCAAGAUCCGGCCCGAAACCAAGUUUAGCUGUGAGGCAGGCCGUUGGCACGAGAUGAACUAG